UUACGCUAUCCCGUUUAAAACGGGACUCAAACUCGAUACGUGCUUUCUUUGUUUAAAUUAUGUGUAUAUGUCUUUGUGCAUGUAUGUAUUGUUUAUUAUUGAACAUUGCACACUUUUAAUUAUAAAAUGA